CGUAAAAUAAAAUGUUUGUACAUUCUUCCUGUCGUAUUGUUUUGAGUAGAAUAUUUAAGAGAUCUCUUGAAAGACGCUGGAUCUCUACUGAAUCAAGCAAGGAAGCGUAUCUAGAGCAUUUAGAAGGCGGUAUUUCCAUUUUAAAAUUAAAUCGUCCUUCUUCAAGAAAUGCUUUAUCAGUCAAUUUAUUGACUGAAUUCAGACAAGCAUUGUCGGAUGUUCGCUUUUCAAGUGAAUCUCGUGUUCUGAUUAUUCAGAGUUCUACGCCCGGUGCAUUUUGUUCUGGUGCAGAUUUAAAGGAACGAUCUACUAUGAGUCCUACACAAGUCACUCAGUUCUUAUAUACUUUAAGAAAGGCCUACAGAGAAUUGGAGACACUUCCGAUCCCUACCAUUGCUGCUAUGGAUGGUCCUGCCUUUGGUGGAGGUUUAGAAAUGGCACUUUGUUGUGAUAUCCGAGUAGCAGGUCCAAAAGCAUUGAUGGGAUUAACCGAAACAAAGUUAGCAAUUAUUCCAGGUGCAGGUGGAACCCAAAGAUUACCUCGAUUAAUUGGUAUUCCCAAAGCCAAGGAACUCAUCUUUACGGGCGAAGUAUUUGGUGCACUUAAAGCCAAAGAAUAUGGUGUAGUCAAUCAUGCAGAUGAAGAGAGUGCUUAUAAAAAGGCUUUGGAUAUCGCCUUGUCUAUUUUACCUCAAGGUCCAGUGGCUAUUCGUAUGGCAAAGUUGGCUAUUGAUAGAGGAUCUCAUUUGGACAUGGAUUCUGGGUUGGAAAUUGAGCAAUCUUAUUAUGCUCAAGUUAUACCUACUGAAGAUAGGUUAGAGGGUCUUCAAUCUUUCAAAGAAAAGAGAAAACCUGUAUAUAAAGGACGUUAA